AAUUUCCACUAGGUGGCAGUAUUUGACUUCAGCGAGUCUCCCUGCUUUGUUGUAAUCCGUGCUUGAGGAAAAGGGCUCCAUGGCUUUUGUCUGCCUGCCCCCAUGUUUUUGAACCGUUUGGGCUGCCAUAGAAAAACGGAGCAAACUGGAGAAGCGGGGAUGGGGAUGAGGGGGGAGCUUGUCAGCUCUUUAUACUUCUUAUCCGUGCAGUGUGGGGUUAAGAUGGGCUUUGCCGAUCCUGUCUGCAGACUAGAAGACCUUUAAUGCAGGAGUACAAUCCUCGUAGCCACAUACCUCGCUCGGUACCGAAAACCGUUGGAGACCGGAUUGAAAAGCGGAACGGCGCUAUGGUACUAACUGGGAACUGCAGAAUAUUAUUUAAAAACAUAUAAUAGAUGAAAUGUAGAAGCUGUCAUCCCGUGAUAAUUACAGGCUGUUCUGCAAUCCAUGGCUGUGUUAUUCAGUUGAUUUAAAGAAGGCAGUUUAGUAUUAAAAGUGAUAGUACGGGUUUCUGUACAGCUUUUCGUUAUAUUUAAAGUAUGGCUGUAAACGUUGACUACAUGAUAUCCAAAAUGAUAGGGUGAGACGGGAGUAUUUUGACUUUUAAAUGCGUAAACUAGGAUAAUGCUCAAAUUAAUGUUUAACUUCGGCAUCUGGUAAUUAACCCUUGAUAAACUAAAUCAUAGUCACUUUUAAAAAUGAAAUUAAUUCCAGAUAUUCUUAAAAAUUGGAACAGCAAGAAGUUUUGAAAGAUUCGUAUGUUAAUUACUUUUAUUGUUAUUAAUUUUUAAAUGGGCUACGGGAUUGAAGGCGUUUCAUUCCCGAGGCUAAUUAAAUUCAUUAACGUUAUUGCACUCUGAACAAAACACUGUAAGUUCGUUUUCGCGAGCAGGAUAUUUUUUACAUUUUGCGGUCAGAUUUGAAUACAGUGUAGUAUUUAUUUUUCCUAAGAGGCAUUGUAGAAGCCAAUGUAUUAAGACAUUUACCAUGAUUUAAAUAUUAAUAUUACAAAAAUUAGAUUAUAUUCCCACGCAUUUUAUAGUCAAAUGCGUUUUUAAUUAUAUCGAUAUACUGUAACAAUGGGCGACUGUAUUUAACAAAUUUGAUUCUCUGGAGUUUCUGAGAAAGCAAGACCAUUGGCCACCGCAGGCGUGCCACGCUUAUGGUCACCGGGAUAGUGUGACAGAUCGACAGCUGAGUGUGUUUGUUGGCGGCUCUCUCCUGAUGUUAGUCAAGUGUGUUUCCACCUCGCUUUUGCCAUUGAUCAAAUCGAGAGGCAACGACUACAGAAGAAGCGGUACAGCAUACAGGCUGUGUGUGACUAGACCAUUGCAGAAGUGCUGACUGCGAUGGAAAUGGAACAUGCACAAUUUUACAAAAAUAGAUCCCAUGGCAACAUUUUGGCUUCCAUGGAGCUGUCUGCGUCUCGCAGAAAUGCACGGGAAGAAUAACAUUUCUUGUAUACAAUUCAAUAUCUACAUUGCCGUAUAAACCCCAGAUCUGGACAGCUGGUAACCAGGACGACGAAAACACCCGGUGCAGUGGAUUAUUAGUCUUUUAUUCUCAAACAUUUUGGUUCUGAAAUCCAAAAUACAUUUCAAGAUGACGGUGGAAGGCUCAACAAUUAAGAGUCGGAUUAAAAAUCUGCUGCGGUCUCCGUCCAUCAAGCUGCGGAGGAAUAAAACGGGGAACAAUAAGGAAAUUCUCGGGAAUAAGGUGACACUUGAGAAAGUGCUGGGGAUCACAACCUCGGGGAACAGCGGCUUGGCCUGUGACCCUCGCUCAGGCUUGAUGGCCUAUCCUGCUGGGUGUGUGGUGGUAUUGCUGAACCCGAAGAAGAAUAAACAGCACCACAUCCUUAACAGCUCCAGGAAAACAAUUACAGCUUUAUCUUUCUCUCCUGAUGGCAAAUACUUGGUCACAGGGGAGAGUGGGCACAUGCCAGCAGUGCGGGUGUGGGAUGUGGCAGAGAGGACCCAGGUCUCGGAGAUCCAGGAGCACAAGUAUGGAGUGUCCUGCGUGGCCUUUUCUCCCAACGGCAAGUACAUUGUCAGCGUGGGCUACCAGCACGACAUGAUCGUCAACGUUUGGGCCUGGAAGAAAAAUGCUGUGGUGGCUGCCAACAAGGUCUCCAGUAAGGUGACAGCAGUAUCAUUUUCUGAGGACAGCUCUUAUUUUGUCACUGCGGGUAACAGGCAUGUGAAGUUUUGGUACCUGGACCACACAAAGUCCUCCAAGGUCAAUGCCACAGUGCCACUGCUGGGCCGCUCUGGUCUGCUCGGGGAACUCCGCAACAACUUUUUCAGUGAUGUGGCCUGUGGGCGCGGGCGCAAGGCAGAAAGCACCUUUGUUAUCACCUCCUCCGGCCUGCUGUGCGAGUUCAAUGACAAGAGACUAUUGGACAAGUGGGUGGAACUGCGGAACACAGACAGUAUCACAACAAGCCUGGCCACCUCCAUCUCGGUGAGCGAAGAGUUCAUAUUCUGCGGCUGUGCCGACGGGACGGUCCGAGCGUUCAAUCCCAUCAACCUGCACUUCAUCUGCACUCUGCCCAGGCCACACAGCCUUGGGACUGACAUUGUGACAGUGACUGAGGCCAGUCACCUCUUCUCCUACAAGCUGGAUGCUCGUUACCCGGACACGGUGGCGGUGACCUAUGACCCCACAAACCGCUGGCUGUCCUGUGUGUACAACGACCACAGCCUGUACACGUGGGAUGUGCGCGAUCUUCGGAAAGUGGGCAAGGUGUAUUCAGCACUUUACCACGCUGCCUGUGUGUGGAGCGUAGAGGUGUACCCAGAAGUGAGUGACAGUGCUCAAGCCUGCCUCUCCCCUGGCUCCUUCUUCAGCUGCUCUUCUGACAACACCAUACGGCUUUGGAACAUAGAUGGGCACAGUGCCACUCUCACCCGCAAUGUCAUCAGCAAUGACCUCCUGAAAAUGAUCUAUAUGGACAACAAUACUGCCUCCCUGCUGGACACUGAGUGCACCGCCAUGGGUAAUACAGAAAAACCAGAUUUCCAGACCUCUGACAACAGGAGUGGCAUCAGGACUGUGUGUGUCAGCCCCGAUGGCCAGCACUUAGCAUCAGGGGAUCGGACUGGGACUCUCAGAAUCCAUGAGCUCCAGAGCAUGGGGGAGAUCCUGAAGGUGGAGGCUCAUGACUCGGAGAUCCUGUGCCUGGAGUACUCCAAACCCGAGACAGGGCUGAAUCUGCUGGCCACGGCGAGCCGGGACCGCCUGAUCCACGUGCUGGACGCAGAGAGGGGCUACAGCCUGCUGCAGACCCUGGAUGACCACUCCUCCUCCAUCACUGCUGUCAAAUUUGCUGCCAAUGACGGCAAAGUCAGAAUGAUAAGCUGUGGAGCUGACAAGAGCGUCUACUUCCGCACAGCACAGAAGACGUCUGAAGGAACAGAGUUCACUCGGACUCAUCACAUUGUCCGCAAAACCACUCUGUAUGAUAUGGAUGUGGAUCCAACCUUCAAAUAUGCAGCCAUCGGCUGCCAGGACCGCUGCAUCAGGAUCUUCAAUAUCAGCAACGGCAAACAAAAAAAGCUGUAUAAAGGAUCUCAGGGAGAGGAUGGGACACUCAUCAAGGUGCAGACAGACCCCUCAGGGCUUUAUGUGGCCACCAGCUGCUCAGACAAGAACCUCAGCAUCUUUGACUUCUGCUCUGGGGAGUGUGUGGCCACCAUGUUUGGUCACUCAGAGAUCGUCACUGGAAUGAAGUUCACCAAUGACUGCAAACACCUUGUCUCAGUCUCAGGAGACAGCUGUAUAUUUGUCUGGCGUCUGAACCCUGAGCUGACCAUCAGCAUGAGACAGCGCCUGUCUGAGCUCAAACAGAAGGGCAGGCUGGCACAGAAAACAUCCCCUCGCAGGCACUCUGCUCUCAGACGGGAGAUAUACAGUGCGCCCCCUAUUGUCAACAUAUCAUCAGACAGCGACAAAGAGGCAGAGGAAGAUGGAAUUGAAGAGGAGGUCUCUCUUUACAUCUCCUCUGAUAACAGCCCCACAGAGGAGACAGAUGAGAAGCAGAGCUCCCUGAAUCUUCCUACUCUGGAGCCAAAGAAGGACACUGGGACAGCAGGUUCUAAACGUGGAGAGGCCAGCCUGUCCGAGAUGCCCCCCCGGCAGCGCAGGCGCUGGUCCCGAAGGAUGGGCAGCACGGAGCUGACGGUCAAGUCCAUGUUGGACCUGCGGCAGCUGGAGUCCUUUGCUUUUCCCAACUCCCCGAGCCAUGAGUGUCUGCCGACUGGAGGCCCCUUGUGCGAGGAUGAGGUGGUGGGCAGCACCACCAGCCUGCUGGCUGUCAGGCCAGAGGAAGAAGAUUCUGUGACGAGGGGCCCGCGGUUGUACCCGCGCCCACACUCCAUCUGGCUGAGCCCACAGACCCCCGAGACCGAGGAGCACGUGCUGUUUCCCGAGAGACCAGAGGACAGCAUGAGCCUCGCUGGCAGUGAAUACCAGGUGAAAGAGUUACCAAAGGCACACAUGAGAAGGGGAUACCAGGGAUCUGAGUGCCAUGAAAAGCACAGCCCAGACAGCGCCUGCUCAGUGGAUUACUGCAGCAGCCAGCUGUCCAGCCCUGAUCAGCCGAGAGAAGACUCGGAGGCAACGGAGCCGCUCAGCGUGGACGGCAACUCCUCCGAACUUGAGGGGGAGGAGCUGGAGGAGGAGGAGGAGUUUGUAGGGGGCGUGGUGGAGAGGGCCGUGCCAGAGACACCCGAUCAGGAGGCUUUUCUGAAGCAGCACUUUGAGACUCUGGCCGACCACAGCAACACAGGGAGCUCCAGGCAUUCCGAGAGCACCUCUGAGAAUGCCAGCAUCUCGUCUCGCUUCCUGUCUCAGAGCUCAGCAAGCAGAAAUGCCUUUCUGUUCCCGGCCAAGGCAAGUGGAGAAAGAAAGGGAACAAAUGGAUCUAUGCGCCCCCUGAUCUCCGAGGUACGGCCGCUUAUGGAAGAGGGGCUGCCAGAAGAGGUAGAGGAGAAGCCCAUUACAUCUUCUGGGAAGGCUGAAUCAGACUCUCUUACUGAAAAGGGGGCCGCCCUGCGCUCUGUCACUCAGAAGAAGAAAUCUCCGGUCACAGACACUCGCAGAGGGUCUGGCCAGCCAGGAAAAGCAGCAGGGCCCCAGCUGUGCAGUGCCAACCAAAGCAUGAGGAAGGCCCAGUCAGUGCAUGACCUGGCACUAGAUGCUGAGGUUUCAGCCAGACCCUCCAAGGAGGUCCAUCCCCAACCACAGCUACCUGCUGAGAAAGAUCAAAAGACUACUCCGCGCCGGACCCUGCCAGCUGUUCCCACCUCGCCCUUGCCCAGCGCAGGCCAGAGCAAGACCUUGAAGUCACGCUCCUACAUGAACCCAACUACCAGCUCAAUGGCCAAGAUGUCUCGCUCUGUAUCCAUGGGUGACAGCUUAAAUCUGGGAGAAUCUGGUGAGGUUUCCAGCUUUCCUCCAGGCACAGAGAUGGCUUCAGAGGCCCGCCGAGUUUCUGACACUCCUGUUGGGGCCUUUAAGGCCAGUUCUCUGGAGAGAAGCAAGCCAGUAGCACCGCCCGUUGCUAUAGUCUCUUCCACAUCUUCAUCCUCUUCUGUUUCCGCUGCACCACGGGCGGCUGUCAUGCCAACUCUCAAUGCCAACAGUCCCAGUGUACAGUCUCCCAAAGGCCUCCAUGCCAAGCUCCAACAUGGAGGCACCAGGCCCCACCUGACAUUGGACAUUCCAUCAACUCUCCCAGACAAACCCUUUGUGGCAUCCUUUUCUCCCAGCGCCAAGCCCAAACUGUUCAUAGAGGAGGCUCCGAGGUCUCCUAGGUCUCCAAGGUCUCCAGUGAGCGUAUUUCCCAACAAGAGUUCACCUUCUCUCAAAGGCCAGGUGGCCCCAGUGAAUGUCCAGCCUGUUACUGCUCUGUCAGCUGUCCGUCCUGAGGUGGCAGUAGAGAGCCUCAGCAAGGCAAAGCCUGGAAUAGAAGCACAAUCGACAGCUGGUGCCACUGAAGUUGAAUGCCUGUCAGAGCAGCCUGAUUUAAAAGACGAGAGGAAGGAUUCCAGUGUGGCAGGUGUUGAGGAGAUUCUACAGGCUCCAGAUUGUUCCCGUGAGCUUGUGGCGAGACCAGACUGCCUGCUCUCACCUGCUGUCGUGGACCCAGGCCCCACAGUGACUGUGGAGACCUGCAGGCUGGUAGCCAGUGAACUGCAGAGCAGUCUGCAAAAAGCCACAGAGCUCUACAGAAUGGUGAGCAGUGCCAGUGGAGAGCAGGGGGAGAUGGCAGGGAUCCUCUGCGAGGCGUUCAGUGCCAUGCGGACGGAGCUGGACUCUCUGCCUGACAGGGGGCGCCUGGACCCUGGGGCUGUGUGUGUGCAGCGCAGUGGUGGGGGAGUGGGCGAGGAGCGGACCCUGGCUCUGCUGGAGCAGUACUCGGAGAUGCUGCUCAAAGCUGUGGAGAAGAGGCUGGACAACAAGCUCUGACCAGGACCCUGUUGUAAGACACCCUCUUAAGCCAUGGAUUAGACCAGUAAAGGCAAAGGUGUUCAAGAAGGAGAACACGAACUUCUCCAGUGACAUAAACUGGAAAACCAUUCACCUAAUCAGGAUACAAAGCCAUGGUUGAUCGGGAGCAAGCAAUACACUUUGGUCUUUUAUUUUAGUAUGUAUUUUAUUUUGUGUAUAGUUUUAAUGAACGGAUGUGCAACAUCCAUUUUUUAACAUGACAUUUUAAAUUAUGGAAAAGGGUAAAGACAUUUUUCCUGAUGGAUAAACAUUCAACGGGACAGUAUGCCUUUUCCAUUUUUCUCAAGAAAAAUCUAUGAUAUUUCUUUGACCACUUAGGCUGAGGGUAAGAGAACGAUGUUUUUUUUGUGUUCAGUGAUGUUGGGGUGUUCUGUAGAACAGCCAGAAUACUGGCCCACUGGGAGUCUUCAAGGCAGAGGAUGUGUUGUGUGCUUCACGAUGGAAGUGAAUGAAAAGGAAGAUGGAUGUGGAUGCUGCUCUUAACGCUUCAUGUUUGGUCAUUUCUGCUGCAAGGCAACUUCUGGCACUCACAUGCCAGCAGCGUGCAUGCAUACAAACUGUCUGAAUGAAAUAAAUCUUUUAAACUGUUUUAUCUUCAGAAAAAAUAGUUCCCAAAAUGUGAGAAAAUGUUUUAAGUGAGGCUACAGCUAGUCUAAUGGCCUAUGACUGUAUGAAUAUUGAGAUGUUUCAUCACCCAUCAGCUCUAUCUAUGGUUGUGUCCACUGAAAUAAGAAACACAUGGCCAGAUGAAGGAAUGACUACAGAAGGAAGAAUUGCUUGACUCUAAAGAACAUACAGAUUCAGACUCUAAAGAACUCAAAUUAACGGAAGCACCUUGGAGCUGUGUUGAGCACACUUAACUCUUUAAAACAUUUUGUAUGUUGUUAAGGAAGGCGUAAAAGAAAAACGAGAGGAAAUGCGCUUUAUCUUGACUUGCAUAGAUAUUAGAUUCUUUUGAAUCUGAACCUUCUGUAUAAAAAUAAUCAGUAUCCAGCACUCCAAAAAAAGAGGGGCUCCAAAUACCACUACAAGCAGAUGACCUACAAGGGCAGCCUUUCAGGUGGCCAAGACAAAAGAAUCUGCAGAAAAUGCAAACAUUUGCCCUUUACAGUGCUUAAUCUCCAGAUAUUCUUACUUUGAAAUUGUUUUUAACACAACUCUUAUUCCGUUUUAAAUGCUCACAAGUCCAUUGUAAUUUUGAACGUAUUAAUUUUGUCAUCCAUGUUCAGUAUAGGGUAGUAUGUACUUUCUGGGUAAUUGUACAGUGCAUGUCUUUUUUAUAAUAGUGUUUGAUUUUAUACUGGGUGUUAAUGGUGUAAAUGACAUAAGUGCUUGUUCCAACAUUUUGUCAGUGACAGAGAGAGGCAGCUAACGUUAAAAGUGAAGCCAGCAAACCAUGUUUAAAAAUCCCAAUCCUGUUAUGAUUUGGGUGAGAAUAGGAUAGCAAAUAUCCUUUCAAUAUCAUUAGAAAGGUGAGCUUUGCAGGCAUAUGAAAAAUAGAGAUCCUAACUGAUAGGAUAGCUUUCUGCAUUAGAUUUAAAGUUGGAAAGACCACAAUGGUUACGAAUCCUGGCAUUUAGAGCUGUAAAUCUUAAAUGAUUUCCAUACUCUUUCUUGAAUCCGAAAUGGGUCAUUUUCAGUAACAAAAAUCUGUCUGUUUUUACAUUCAUCUUCAGCAUAUAAAUGAUGUUCACAGUGCUGACCACGUGUGUCUCAAGGAACUAGGUGCCUUAAUAACUUACCAGCAACAUUCUCUUGCACUGCUAUUUAAUACAGGAUGUAUCAAUUCCUGGAAUUUAUCUAUUAUACACAAUGCAUGUCAGCUACCCUCUUUAGAGGAAAUCUGUAUAGGAGUUGGACCUGAAAAGCUCAUCCCUAACAUGUAAUUUGAGGAAAGAUACUGUAUUUUAGUGAGACCUAAAAGGGACACUGAAAUGAACAUAUUAUCUAGGGUUAGAGACAAUUGAAAUACAGGAUUGUACCACAGCAAAGGAAAACUGAAAUGGACACGGACCUGCCUCUGUCACUGACUGAAGAAUGUACCCUACCGAAGAAGGGAUUGGCUUUGGGGUUAAUUAGGGAGAUGUGGUGACUCUUGUGGGGGUAUCACUUGUAUAACAGAAUUGAGACAGCUAGAAUCGCUGGAACAGAAAAAUCUUCCAUUGUAUUAAUAACCCAAAGCAAAGGUUUUGUAGACUGUACCGUAUGCAUACACCUCUAUUGCACCUGGCAAAAUAUUUUGUCAGCCAAUGUGCCUGUCAUUUACCCAAUUACUCCAUGGUUGACGACAACCUCUAUUAAUUCCUCAUUCCACCUAACUUCAGUACUGCGCAUCUCUGUCCAUGAGGUCAGAAAAGGGGAGUAUACAGCCCUGCAAUAUCUCUGUAAGGAACACUGUCACUAACUCCAUGAGAAUCUGCAUAAACAUAAAUUUAUAAUGGGAGCCAUGACGCUGCACAGACUCCCUGUUGUCUAUGUAUGGUCAUGGUUUCUAAACCUCUGAGAUGCACUUUACAACACUUUUCUAACCGCAAGAUCAUGUGGUAGGCUAGUUGAAGUACAGAUUGCUUCUAAAUUGGACUGAGUUUAUAUAAACACCAUUCUUCCUGUGUUUUUGGCUUCUCAGGAGACCCAAAAUUGUAUUUUCAUUUGGACCCAUAAACACCCACAUUUUCUCCCAAUAAGAAUGUAACUGUAGCAAAAGUGGCACUGUGCAGCCAUAGUUUUAUAUCACUGCCAGCAAUUUCUAUAACCAUGUCUUGCCUGCUGCUGUGCUACAAAGUGAUACAAUCUUAACAACCUCAGAUUCUACAGUAACAUUAUAUUGGAGAGAUUCCAUGUUAGGUUUCACAUUUUCUAUUUAAGCCUAUACUUACAGCACUUGGCACAAGUUUGGCACUAUAUGCUAAAGACCACAGCUAUGCAGUAAACUUCACUAAAUAACUGUUUUGCCUGGCCAGCCCUGGUUCUGUUGGCCUGUUUUUUCCCUGUGAGUAUUGGUAUACAAGUGAAAAUGUCUGGGGGAAGGCAUUCAAAAACUAAACAGGCUGUGCUGUGAACUAUAAUUAGCACCAAGAUCUUGGCGUGCUCCAAAACUGGCUUUGAGACACCGUGAAAAAUCACCAGCACAAUGCAGGUCUUCAGAAUGGUGUAGCAGAGUAGCAUUGGUAUGUGUCACUAUUCUGUACAGUGGGGCCCUUAAAUAAGGCCCUGUGGCUUCCUGACCUCAAACUUUACCCAGGUAUGCUGCCCGCAGUUUGCUCCAAUUAAUAACCAUCAUACUUUAUCCCUUUUAAAAUUCCACAUGAUUUUAUUACUUUGUCUUAACACUUUAUUUUAGAUGGACCUGUAGUAGCUGUGUCUUUGUGUGGGUAUUUUUAAACAGGUGUGGCAUUCCUGCUCUGCAGUCUGUAGUUCUUUUGGGCUUAUUACAGAACUCUGUUACUGGCUGAUAAAAUGCAUAGAAUCAGGAGCAAAAAUGAAGCUUACAUUCCUCUUCCAAAUGAAAGGGAUAAAUCUCAUACAGAAUGGAACAAUUCCUUCAGCACUCUCUCCAUGCAGGUAUCAGACUGUCUCCCAGGGAGGAGACAAAACCAGAGUAUAAAAUCUAAAAAUACCAAAUAAAUUUGAGGCACCCUACAGACAGGGUUGUAAUUAUUAGUUCAGUAUUAAGAAAGCCAUGACAAACAGGUACCUUGAUUCUCUAAUGCAUGAAGACUAAAGCAUGGGGAAAGAGCAAUUACACAAGACAGCAUGGUGAUGUAAUGACCCAUUUAUUGUAUGAGGGUAUUCGCAUUAUUCCUAAAGAAGCUAAAAGAGGUCUUGGUUUUCAGUUUUAAACCUCCCCAUUACUUUCUGACUUUGUCUUAAUACUUUGUUUAUGGUGGACCAGGAACAAUUGUCUUUUUUAGGCAGCCUAUUUUAAGCUGUGUUACUGUUCUCACGCUGGCUUAAACAGUGUUUCUACCUUCAUAGUGUUUGUACUGUAUAUCCCUCAAGAUUCUCUUAAAAAAAAUAAAUAUUUAUUACUCUUC